GGGUCUGAUUGUGCCCUUUGUAGCUUAGCUGACUUUCCAGGCCUUUUGCCAUGGCUGGUGCCAUAGCAUCUCGGAUGAGUUUCAGCUCUCUGAAAAGAAAGCAGCCGAAAACCUUCACAGUGCGGAUUAUGACCAUGGAUGCAGAGAUGGAGUUCAACUGUGAGGUGAAAUGGAAAGGGAAGGACUUGUUUGAUCUGGUAUGCAGGACGUUAGGCCUCCGUGAAACUUGGUUCUUCGGUCUGCAGUACAUGAUCAAGGACACUAUGGCCUGGCUCAAAAUGGACAAGAAGGUCCUGGACCAUGAUGUUCCAAAGGAGGAGCCUGUGACUUUUCACUUCUUAGCCAAGUUUUAUCCAGAGAAUGCCGAGGAGGAGCUUGUUCAGGAGAUCACUCAGCACUUAUUUUUUCUUCAGGUGAAGAAGCAGAUCUUAGAUGAGAAGAUCUAUUGUCCACCUGAGGCAUCUGUUCUCCUUGCCUCCUAUGCAGUCCAAGCUAAGUAUGGAGAUUAUGAUCCUACCGUUCACAAGCGGGGCUUCCUGGCUCAGGAGGAGCUGCUUCCCAAGCGGGUUAUAAACCUGUACCAGAUGACCCCAGAAAUGUGGGAGGAACGAAUAACAGCCUGGUACGGCCAACAUCGAGGGAGAGCCAGGGACGAAGCUGAAAUGGAAUAUCUGAAGAUUGCUCAGGAUCUAGAGAUGUAUGGUGUGAAUUACUUUGCCAUUAGGAAUAAGAAAGGGACUGAGCUACUGCUGGGAGUUGAUGCCUUGGGUCUCCACAUAUAUGACCUGGAAAACAAGUUGACCCCCAAAAUCUCCUUUCCGUGGAAUGAGAUUCGAAAUGUCUCUUACAGUGAUAAGGAGUUUACGAUCAAGCCAUUGGAUAAAAAAAUUGAUGUGUUCAAAUUCAACUCCUCAAAGCUGCGUGUGAAUAAACUGAUCCUUCAGCUGUGCAUUGGGAACCAUGACCUGUUCAUGAGGAGGCGGAAAGCAGACUCCCUUGAGGUCCAGCAGAUGAAAGCACAAGCCAGGGAGGAGAAGGCCAGGAAACAGAUGGAGCGCCAGCGUUUAGCCCGAGAGAAACAGAUGAGAGAAGAGGCUGAGAGAACGAGGGAUGAGUUGGAGAGGAGGCUGUUGCAAUUAAAAGACGAGGCGACAAUGGCUAAUGAAGCCCUGAUGCGUUCUGAAGAAACAGCAGACUUGCUGGCUGAAAAGGCCCAGAUCACAGAAGAGGAAGCAAAACUCCUGGCUCAGAAAGCAGCUGAAGCAGAGCAGGAGAUGCAGCGGAUCAAGGCUACAGCCAUCCGGACAGAGGAGGAAAAACGGCUGAUGGAGCAAAAGGUGCUGGAGGCAGAGAUGUUGGCACUGAAGAUGGCGGAAGAAUCUGAACGAAGGGCAAAGGAGGCAGAUCAGCUCAAGCAGGACCUGCAGGAAGCUCGUGACUCUGAGCGGAGAGCCAAGCAGAAGCUUUUGGAAAUUGCCAGCAAGUCGUCUUACACACAGCCCAUGAACUCAAGUACCACCACACUGCCUGCUGAUUUGCCGACCUUCAGCCUCAUCAGCGAAAGCUUGUCCUUUGACUUCAAGGAUACAGACAUGAAGAGGUUGUCCAUGGAAAUAGAGAAAGAGAAGGUGGAGUACAUGGAGAAGAGUAAGCACCUCCAGGAGCAGCUGAAUGAGCUGAAAACUGAAAUAGAGGCUCUAAAGUUGAAGGAAAGGGAGACAGCUAUGGAUAUAUUGCACAACGAGAACAGCGACAGGGGAAAUAGCAAGCACAACACCAUCAAGAAGCCUCAAGCCCAGGGCAGAAGACCUAUCUGCAUUUGAGACAUCAAAGUAGGCUAUUCCAAGCUCACCUUGCAAAGCACAAAGUCCCGUGUGGCCUUCUUCGAGGAGCUGUAGGAAGUGAGCCAGCACUUAUACUACUGAGCCAGCUCACACCCAGUGGAACCCAUUUGAGGACUCGGCUAC